AUGGUAGCUGGCCAGACCAAGCGAGCACUACAGGAACGGGCAAAAGGAAGACGUCUAACAGUGAGCUACGGCCAACCAGCCAGCCAGGCUGGGCUCAACAACGAUCUGCAGCAGCAUAGUGCUGGCGCCUUGGACGGUGGUGGCGGUGGCAUCAGUGACUCGAAGGCUUUCGGGGGUAGUGGUUACGUCCGUGAUCGAGAUCGAGACCGGGAUAGGGAUCAAUGCGGCCUUGGCAGCACCAACCAUCCUGGUGGUCAUCGCGGUUCGUCUCCCGUGGGCAGCGCGGGAUCGGGCGGGAGUGGUGGUGGAUGCAACACUGGAGGUGGAUCAAGCAGUCACUCGCUAUCGUCCUCGGCCAGUGGCAAAAAAAACAAACACUUCCACACCAACAGCAAUCACAAUACAAACCCCUCGAACAGCAGCAGCAGCAGCAACAACAACAACACCAAUGCCACGUCAUCGUCAGGAGCUCCUGGAGGAGGAAAGCGCAAGGAUCGCCGGAAUGUUGCUUCAGCUUCUGCCGCGUCCACAAGUGCAGCGAGCUCAGAUAGCCACGGCAGGGAGGGCAGAGGUAGCGGUUCGUCGUCGGGCGUGUCAUUUGAAAAUCAGAUUUCAGCAGUGGGUCAUAUGCAGCAACAGGAAGCGACGACGAAUUGUAGCAGCAACAACAACAACAACAACAACCACAACUUAACAAUGAUGGACUGCAGGUGCAUAAAGACGGAACCGGGCGUAAGAACGCCGCAUGGAAGUGACGUACUAGAUGACGCGUCGACAGAUGAUCGUUUGACUGGCGGCGAGUUAAAAGAGUGCUCGCUGGUUGACGAAGAUAUUAUUGAUGGAUUUGCUAUAUUGUCAUUUCUCACCUAUGAAGACUGCCAGAGAGGUUGGUGCAUCGACGGUACUGUGAAGCACAAUUAG